AUGGCCAAUCUUGUCCACCCCUGGCACAACGCCAGAUGUUUGACCACCUCAGCAACUUCUGCCCCAGAUUUUGGCCAACUCAUCCCCAGGCCCCCUGGCUCCGGUUCCUCAAUGGAAUAUGUGUUGGUCUUCUCCCUGGACAAAGUGGAUGCCUUUCAGGACUUCUACAGCCCCUUUAAGGCUGAUGUGAAGAUUAACAUGCUGGAGCGUUGUGCAGAGCAGAUUGCCACCCUCUGUGCCACACUCAAAGAGUAUCCUGGAGUCCGAUAUAAAGGGGAGUACAAAGACUGUGCAGUCCUGGCCCAGAUGCUUCAGGAAAAGCUGGAUGGCUACAAGGCUGAUGACCCUACUAUGGGAGAGGGUCCAGACAAGUCUCGUACUCAGUUGCUCAUUCUGGAUCGAGGCUUUGAUCCUGUGUCUCCUCUCCUGCAUGAGCUCACGCUGCAGGCCAUGGCCUAUGACUUGCUGGCCAUCGAGAACGAUGUCUACAGUUUUGAGACGAGUGGGAUGGGAGAAACAAGGAUGAAAGAGGUAGUGCUGGAUGAAGAUGAUGACCUGUGGCUGACACUGAGACACAAACACAUUGCAGAGGUGUCAACGGCUGUGACCGGCUCUCUGAAAGAAUUUUCUGCCAGCAAAAAGAUGAACACUGGAGAAAAGACCACCAUGAAGGAAUUGUCUCAGAUGUUAAAGAAGAUGCCUCAGUAUCAGAAAGAGCUUAGUAAGUAUUCAACUCACCUCCACCUGGCUGAGGAUUGUAUGAACCGGUACCAGGGCACUGUGGACAAACUUUGUCGUGUGGAACAGGAUUUGGCAAUGGGCACAGAUGCAGAAGGAGAGAAAAUCAAGGAUCCCAUGCGGCUCAUUGUCCCUAUUCUACUAGAUGCCAACGUCAGUGUCUCUGACAAGAUCCGCAUCAUCCUGCUCUACAUCUUCCUUAAGAAUGGAGUGACAGAGGAGAACCUUUGUAAGCUCCUUCAGCAUGCCAACAUCCCACCAGAGGACAGUGACAUAAUUUCCAACAUGGCUCACAUGGGGGUAGCUGUUGUCUCUGAGGGUACCGCCAAGAAGGUCAAGAAACUGGAUCGUAAAGAAAGAGUCAGUGAGCAGACCUACCAACUCUCCAGGUGGACUCCUCUGGUCAAGGAUCUCAUUGAGGAUGCUAUUGAAGAUAAACUUGACCUCAAACAGUACCCUUACAUUUCCCAACGUCAAACAUCUGCCAAAGCCAGUGCUCCAUCAAGUGCUCGCUAUGGUAACUGGCACAAGAACAGAGGUCCCACAGAGAUGAAGACAGGACCCAGGAUCAUCAUCUUUAUCAUUGGAGGGAUGACAUAUAGUGAGAUGCGCUGCGUGUAUGAGGUCACCCAGGCCAAUGGAAAGUGGGAGGCCCUAAUUGGUUCCACACAUGUUCUCACCCCACCUAAAUACCUAAAGGAACUCCAGCACCCAGAUUUCCUGGAUCCCACAGCUCCAGUAGAAGGCACAGAGGAGCAACCUGCAGAAAAAACAACAUUUGGAAGUUAAUACACAGGAUCAACUGAAAUCUUCACACUCCUGCUCACCUUCUGAAAACCCUUAAAGACUUGGAGAAAGAAACACAGUACAUUUAAGUUCUUGUAGUGCUCCCUCCACAAGUCUCAUAUGUGAGUAGCAUCCCCCCCAGCAAGACACAUCAAAUAUGAACUUUACACUUCACAGGUUUAUCAAAGUUGGAUUUAAAUAGAAUGCUUUGAUGUUGAAAAGACUUUGUAUUUUAUCUCAUCUAUUGUGUUGCUGUGUGAAGUUUUUGAUUUUUUUUUGGUUAAAAAUGUAACAUUUGUUGGAGUUGGAGCAUACCAUUCUCUAUGAAAUGAUAAAUAUCAGAAUCUUGUACAAAUAAUUCAGUCUCAACACUGUGUCUGAGCUGGAAAAUAUACUAUGUUGUUAUUUUUAGCUGGAAUUAAAGGGGACAUAUUAUACCCUAUUUCC